GUCGUUGACGGUGCGCGCGCGAAGGUGGGGAACAAGAAAGAAAAGGGCACGGGAUAGACACACUGAAGCUAAAAUGCCAGAGUUCCUCCGAUGUCCUGACGUCAAGACGGACUCGAACAAGCACGCAAAUGAUUUAAAGGUCUUCAGAGAGACUCGGAAUUUAGUUAGUCUUAAGUCUGGAGGGAAACUGAUUUUUGAUCUUGCAAGGAUCUUAUUCUGGGUUCAAUGAAUUUCAUACUGGGCUCCAGUAAUGAGGUGGCUCCUGCCGUGGAUUCUAAUAGCGACCAGCACUCAUCAGGCUAUUUGCCAAAGUCCCUCUGCCAUGCCGCCUGCGCCGGACGUGGUGGAGCCCUAUAACCGGACGCAGUACUGCAAAUGGCCCUGCAAGUGCCCCAAGAGCGCCCCCGUCUGCCCGCUGGGCGUCAGCCUGCUGACGGACGGCUGCAACUGCUGCAAGGCCUGCGCCAAGCAGGUGGGCGACACCUGCAACGAGGCGGACACCUGCGACUACCACAGGGGACUGUACUGCGACUACAGCGCAGACAAGCCUAGGUACGAAAAAGGAGUGUGUGCAUAUUUGGUGGGUACAGGCUGUGAGCACGACGGCGUGAUCUACCGGAACGGGCAGAGCUUCCAGCCCAGCUGCAAGUACCGCUGCCUGUGUGUGAACGGGGCCAUCGGCUGCGUGCCCCUGUGCACCGAGUCCCAGCCGCCGCUGGUCUGGUGCCAGCACCCGAAGCGGGUCAAGCUGCCAGGCCGCUGCUGCGAGCAGUGGAUCUGCGACGAGCCCAGGAAGACCCGCAAGGCUGCGCCCAGGCACGCAGAAGCGCGCAUUACUGGCAAUGAGGUUUGGCAGAAGAACUGCGUGACCCAGACCACGUCUUGGAGCCCCUGCUCCAAGACCUGCGGCCGCGGGCUGUCCAUGCGCAUCUCCAACGACAACGACCAGUGCGAGAUGGUGAAGGAGUCGCGGCUCUGCAACAUCCGCCCGUGUGACGUGGACAUCACCAAGCACAUCAAGCCGGGGAAAAAGUGUCUGAACAUCUACAGGGAGGAGCAGGCGCAGAACUUCACCAUCUCAGGCUGCGUCAGCAAGCGGCCGUACCGCCCCAAGUACUGCGGGGUCUGCACGGACGAGCGCUGCUGCAUCCCCUACAAGUCCAAGACCAUCGAGGUGGAGUUCCGGUGCCCCAACGGGGCGACGUUCUCCUGGCAGCUCAUGUGGAUCAACGCCUGCUUCUGCAACCUCAGCUGCAAGAACCCCAACGACAUCUUCGCCGAGCUGGAACGCUACUACGACCACCCGGAGAUCGUGAAUUGAGAAGACCCGCAAAGCUCUCCUCCCCCCCCCCCCCCCCCGUAACCUCUCACCUCCGCGUUCAUCUCCUCUAGGCUAAGAAUCCCCUGAGGUUUUCACAGGUGUCCUUCGGGAAGUCUCCCCCGUUCACCCAUCCUUUUACCGUUAGGCGCAAAGCCUGCAAGCAGCCAUGUGAUGAAGAGAAAAUGGGCGUUACCUCUUUUUUGUUAUGGCCGGACGUGUUCUUAUGAGCUAAAUCUAAAUCUCUAGAUUAAUGUUUCCUAUUGGAAAAUAUGUAAGUGUGUUUAAACAGAGGAUUUAUUUGAACGAUGUUGGCCUUUGUAGGAUGUAGAGACCGCCCCCGAUUCUAUUACAAUCGUCUUUGACUAAUCUUGGCCAGUGCUCAGGUGCUAUUAUGAUGCAGGCGCAAUUUCUGAAAUUUAAAAUUUAGUGAAUAACGAUAGCCAAUUCCGAAUGAUCUGAAUGUGAAAAACGCUACUGUGCUCUAGUAUGUCUCAUUAAGAAACACAUGUAUCCCAGUCUGUAUCCAAUAUGAGCACAAGCGUUUGUGACAGCUAAUGUCUUUGUGGGGAGCAAACAGUGGUCUCUCUCAAGUGGAAUUAUUGGUUAGUCUUCGGUGAGCAGCAAGACUACCACAGUUAUUCUCUACAAUGACGGCAAAUUAGGUCACCUAAUCCAUUCCGAUAGGUGGAGCUGCCACAUGCUACCAAUCACCGAUAAGAAGACAUGGUAUUGGUUAUGGUUUUU